AUCGUGUCGAUGAGAAGUUUAAUAGUUUAUGCCAACUUCUUAUUUGUACCAUUCGUAUUAUGUUUCUUAUGGCUGUUGCUGCCACUUCACUCAUACAAUGCCUACGCCGGCACAAGUAUGGUGUUCUUUGUUAUAAUGUUCUUCACAUGGAUCUCAUUCUAUGAUCUCAACCUACCUGGCUGCUCAAAGAUCCAGAUCGUCUUCUUCUACCUCGUGUUCAUUGGCGUGGCAAUUGGAUGGCUCAACAUACUGACCAAGCUCAACGCCGAGACCAACCGACUGUCCUACUCAUUCAUCGACGCCAUCACCUGGUUCUUCACGUCGCUCUGUUACCUGGUCUACAUUUUUGUGCACAAGAUCAAGAAGCAGUACUUUUACCAUGACGAGCCUGUAGUUGGAGAGGACGGCGUGCGUCGCAGGAAGCGUCGCUCCAAGCCCUGGACCAAGCGUCUGUCCAAGAUCUUUUGUUAUUACAAGGUGAUCGACAUUGAUGAGGACGAUCAACAAUAUCAAUACGAGCGACAACAACAAGAGCUAGAGUUGCAAAAGGAGCAAGCCAAGAUGCAACAGAAACAACUGGAUCAACAAAGACAUAAUAUGGAACAACAACAACAUCAUCAACAUCAUCAACAACAAUAUCUAGAACAACAACAACAACAACAUCAUCAUGAACAACAUAGCCAACAACAACAUCAUCAAGAUGGUGAUGUACCCAAGGAUACAUAUGAACAACACAUACCCGCCUACCCAUCACCCACUGGUGGAGACGUUGAGAUGGUUGAGACGAGACAUGUAUCAAGGACAGACAACAACACAGAGUCAACUCAAUCAUUUAGUAAUGGACAACUCAAGAUGUCACCAUCAAUGAUGGUGGAGCUGAUGCCAAAGUACCAGCUGUCCUACCGCAACUUCUUAUCGAUAUGUGUCUUCCAGUUGUUUGUGAUUGCCACAUGGUUCUGGCUACACAACCUCACCACACUCAUUGUUGACAACGACCUGUUCUCAUCGCCUGCCAUGGCCUUUGUGGCCAUCCUCGUGUUCCACAUCAGUCGUCUCCUACUCUCUGCCUUUGGCCAUGCACUCAAUCGUCUCCUCAAGCCCAAAGAGAUCAGAUACUUUACCUACUUCCAAUAUCCCCUGAUGUUCUUCCUUUAUUAUCGCAAUCUAUUCCUAAGCAUCAAUAACUGGGGCAUCACAGUAUUGGUCAGCUUGGUAUUGUUUGUCAUUGACUUUAUAUACUAUCCAUUACAUAUGACAAAGAGAUAUUGGUUCUUUAGACAUCAGGGAGUGAUCAACUUUUUGGAUAGACGCCCAAGGACAUGGCUGUGGACAUUCUUGCGAGCAUUCCUCGAGGACAAGAACCCAUCGUACGAUCAGCAUGUGCGCGACCUCUCAGUGGAGUACUACUAUGACAAGAUGGCCGAGUAUGUCAGUAUCGUGACAAUGGUCGUCUUCCUAUCACUGCUUCGUGGACUACACUACAAGAUAGAGUUUUACAACCGUUUCGACGCGCUGUCACAUGACGACUUUUUGCAACUACUCUGGCGAUACCUUUACCUCCUGUGCUUUGAGGUGUCCUACGACCUUUUGAUCCGAUUCCUUGCACGUCGUGUACUCAAGAUUGACAUAUCACAUCGUGGCAGGAAUGAGACCAUUUCCAACUUCACCACCAGAUUCAUCUUUACACUCUUCCUACUCUAUGACCUUAUGGAUGUAUAUUACAUUCAAGCAAGAUUCAAACAA